GUCGAGCUUGCCUUCCAUUCCUGAAAAUACCAGCAUGCUACGUAGAUGCAGUUAAUGCGUUACUGAAAGCAAAAAAGAUGACUCCGCACAGCAAGCCUCGGAAUAUCUACAUCGUUGGGGCGCAGUGCACGGGCAAGACUACCCUGAUCAAAGCUCUCCAAGACCACUUCAAAAACACCGAGGAUUUCGGCGGAUAUCCAUUUUCUCGUCCCAAAACCAUUACGGAAGUCGCAAGGACUGUUCUGAAACAACACAACUUCACUGCUGACGAUAUCACGUCCUCGCCUGCUCGCUCUUUGGCCUUACAGCAACUCAUUUUACAAGCUCAAGUUGCUACUGAGCGUGAUAUAUCAGCACAAAAUGAUUGGUUUAUCUCUGAUCGUUCAGGAGCAGAUCCUAUUGUUUAUGCUCGAAAGUACGUUAAUGAAGACGCGGCAAGUGACCUGAUUCGGUCAGCUGGGUGGUUGGAGCUACGGGAUAGGAUGAGAAACUCGGUGGUUGUUGUAUGUGAGGCGGGGGCUGACUGGCUGACGGAUGAUGGUGUGAGAUUGAUGCCAAAAGAUAGGGCAGAGUGGAUUAGAUUUCAUCAGUUAUUUUGCAGCUGUCUUGACGAUUGGGGUCUGAAUUAUGAAGUAUUGCCGUAUGAGGUCAGUAACCUUCAUGAGAGGGUCACCUUUGUGCUAGAAAGGUGGGAACAAGCUUAUAAAAAGGGUUAAUUGGAAGGGGGUGAUGUGAUUCUGGGGCAUUGUUAAGGAGAAGAAGAAAUGGCUAUACUUUAUAAAUCUGGGUGGUUUAAAAAGUAUGCACACAAACUCACGAAAACGACUCGUACACACUUGCUGUU